GCUUCCUGGGCGAGGCGCUCCCGUCCCGGCAUGGCGGCGGGGUUGCUGCUGGAGAUCAGGCGUGGGACGCAGAGCGCGUUGCUGGUUAUCCGCGAGGCAGACCCCCCGAGCUCGCCGGUGGAUGUCUCGGUGGCCGCGGACCGCGUGGAAGCGAGGAGCAGCGGGAGCUGCGCGGCGGCGGCGCUGCCGGCAGAGGUCAGGCUGGCCCCGUCCUCCUGCCGCGGCCUCCGCCGCCUGCCCGGAGACGGCCUCCACCUGCGCAUGCGCCUGCGCUGCCCGCCGCCGGGCUCCGAUUUGGUUUCUACUCUGAGGGAGAGCCUUAAACCCCAGAAGAAUUAUGUCUUUUACUGUCAAUCAUGUGGUGACAUCAUAGUAAAAGACCAGAGAUUUUUCAGAGUUCUUCCUCUACCAAGUGAAAACUGGAGUGCUUUAGUUGAAGAGUGGUGUUGUCACCCCAACCCGUUUCCAACAAGCACUUUGCACCCUCAGCAUGGUGACUGUUUUCUUGGAGACACUUUUUUUCUGUUGAAUUCAAAAAGUGAAUCACAUGUGCCUGAGUUUCCCAUGUGCUGCUCAGAGACUGGACACCAUACUUCUCAGAGUCACUCCAACUUGAAAUCAAAGGAAAAUACCAGAGUAGUUUGUAAGCGCUGCAAGACAAUGCUGGGAGAAACAAUAUCAUCAGAUACCAUUAAAUAUUAUGUCACUGAGGUGAUUAUUCAACCAUCUGAGAGAAGUUUCAGCCCAACACCCAGGUCUCAGUUCAUACAGAGUGUGGUUGCUCAGUGUCUUGUGGAAUUGUCCUCUGCAAAAAGCACAUUUAGAUUCACCUUAAAAGGGCAUAAUGGAAAAAUCUACAUUCUGAUAUGGCUUUUAAAUUCUGACACUUUGCUGGUGGAGUCUUCAGGAAGUUCCUCCUCCCACGGUGUUUUUACACCAUUUGGAGAUAUUUUCAUUCCUAGCUCUGGACCAGUGGGAACCUGGAAUGCUGUCAAAGUCCUUUACCAGCCAUGCAUUAAUAGCAGGAAUAAGGAGCUUGCUGAUGCAUGGGAAAAUGAUAUUGGAGUUCAUCCUUUAAAGUUUCCAUCAGAAACGUGUUUGGAAUUAUUGCUAAUACUGGGUUUGAGUACCACCUCUCUGCCACCUUCACUUCGAUGCAUGAACUCUUUUCAGUAUCCUGCAGGUUCUAAAGAAGGCUAAACAAAAAUAAAACCAUACAGGAGAAAUUGAUACAUGCAUCUGACCAAGAACAAAUGAGUUGGGACACCAGAAAUCCUACAGGUCUCUUGUAUUUGAUAGAUCACCUUCCCUCUAAAUAGCUAUUAGACAUGACAGUCCACUUAGUGCACUGAAAAGAAGAGGUACGUCAUUUGCUGUCUUCUGAUCAUAUACAAGCAUUUGUCUUCUCCCCUAGGGUAGGUUUUUUGGUUCCUACUCAUUUUAAAAUGUAAGGCAUUUUUUCUUUAUGGUUUUGGACUUUUCAUCAGGACUUUUCAUCCUGACUUUGGAAUAAGGAUUUCACUUACAGCGACAGCAUUGUUCAAAUAAGCUAAUAUUCAGGCAAAACAGGGAAUAUAUCAAAGAGUUAAUCUAAGCUAGUUUCAAAAUAGUAUCAGAUAGCAUUUUAAGUUAGACAAGAUGAACAACUUGUGCUUUGUUAUUCUGGAAAAAAAUAAGGUUUUGAUACAUAGUUCAGCAACCAGUGUAGUGCUUGAGCAAAAAGAGUAAUCUUGGGAUUUUUAGGAGACAUAUUAGGUAGAAAAGUGGUGGGAAAGUAACACUGCUCUCAAACAUAGCAUCUGCUCUCUCAUUAUGUUAGUGUGUUUUGUUUUGGUUUUUUAAGUGAGAUGAUUAUAAUAUGUGAUUUCAGUUACUGCAAUGAAACAUCUUUGUUUUACCUGCAGUGUUGAGACUAAUCACGUUGUUGGUUUUGCUUCCUUUUACAGGUUGCCUUUUUGAAGAUGUGAAGAACACAGAUACCUGUGUGGAAAACUAUUCUCAAAUUCAUUUUCAGCAGAUAACUUCCAAUGGUGUGACUUCUAGAAACAAAUCCACUGGUGAUAACAAACAAAAUGGGGGUGUGGUAUGUUAUUCUUCAUAUCUGGAUGUGUUUCAAAACCAAAAACAGUCUUAACUUUCACAUCCAGUACAUUCUUAUAUGUCGUUCUGAGAGACACUUACCUUUCACUCCUGUCAUAUGCAGCUGGGAUGACUGUUAUGAUCUCUUCCAUACCAAAAAGAAAUUAUCUUAGUACUACCUUUAUCAGACAGUGUUUGGUAGUGACCUGUAUGUCAUUAGGAAAAUUCACAACUGGUAGCAAAGAGAGAUUUAAAUAUAUUUAACGUCAUAGACAGUAAUGUAAAUUCUUUACUUUCUUUGCGCUACUAAAGUUAGAGGUUCAGUGUUAAAACAUAAAAUCUGGUUUUUGUCAGACGUAUGUUUAUCAUAUAUAUUGUUUCCAAAUUAGGGUUUACCUUCCUACUUGAGUGAGAAUGAAGAGAGUUUCUGUAUUCCUACACCUCCUGCAGAAUUCUUUUAAAUCAAUAAUGUUUUGGAGAAUCAAAGUUUUAUGGUUACUUGGAAUAAUUAUUCCUUCAACUUCAGAAAAAAGCACGUGUGUGAAGGCUGGCCUUGCAGAAACUGCUGGAGGUGAAAAAUACUUGUAUCAAGUCAAUAGAGCUACUCUAAAUUGUCGUUCUCUCUUGUGGAUGCUCAGUUGCCUUCCAUGGCAGCAACAGUGCAUUUCUGUGUGACCAUCUUUGGUUUCGGAGUUGAUUGCUCACUUAGUGGACAGCAAUUUUUGCCCUCCUUUGUCCAGAGGAACACUAUUGUGUAAGUGCAUAGGCUAAAGAGCAGAAAAGAUGCCUCCUGGCAUUUUUGUCUCAAUUCCUUCUUAUUGGGGUGGACUGCUCUGGAUCUACAAGGUGGUGGUCCUUUAAUAUCAACCAUCUCUCUUGGACUCCUCAUCCUUCCAGGGUUGUAUUGCAUAUCUGCUUUGCUUAUCUGCAGUUUUUCUUAAACAACUGCUCUUGGCAAAUCAGUCAGGUACCGGAAUGGCACAUCUGACCUAGUGUGACAAUUCUCAUGUUCUCAAAAUGAGCAUAAAAAGGUAUCCAAGCAGAUUAAAGAAGGAAAAAGAAAAAAAAAAAAACCCAAAGGAAAGAGCCUGUUUAUGUAGGCUGACUUUUUCAAAGUCCAUCUUUAAACUCAAAAUAAAAAGAUGCUACCUUAUUGGAAAAACAGCUGUAUUUUGGGAGAAUGGAUUCUGGAUGGAAUAUUCAGGAAUCUUUGAAAAUUCCUGAAUUUCAAGGGAAGUUAACAUGCCUUUUGCUCAUUAAAUGAUCGCAAUGUAGGAAGUGACCCUGCAAAGUGUUAGAGACCUUCUCUAGGUCUUACACAUCCAAAGGCAAGUAGCUGAGACCUCCUAGCACACAGUCUGGGUAUCAUCUUACUUUCUGUUGUUAUUUUAGUUGUCAAUAUUGAAGGAAGAACAAAAACAUUCUGAGUUUUGUAUUCAUGGACUCAAUUAUCUAGCCUCAAGAUAUUUUGUCUAGGCACCAAUGUUUAGCCAUUUUAUGAAUAAAAUAUUUUUUCUAAAUCAG